GAAUCGUGCAGUGAUGGUUUUCAGUGGGAGGCUCAACCUUCCACCCACCUUUUGACAUGGGGAGCAGGGAGGCAAUGCCUGGAAGCUGAACGUGAUGCAAAGUCAGUGAAUCAUGGGACGAACAAGAAGUCCUCUAUGAAGCCUGAGAUGCUCUUAUUAUAUAACCACAAAUCUGUACAAAAAUAUCACUUAACAAAUUUGUCUAAUUGAAAAUGAUUAACUUCAAGCAAGUGUGAACUGUGAGAGAAAAUCUCCAUACUCAUUUACAGGACUAACAUCUAUUCAUAUGAAAACUCAAAUCAUUUCAUCAUCAUCAUCAUCAUCAUAACUUAUUGCAUAUCUAUAGCAAAUUAUCAUCAAGUCUCAAGAAUUUUACAACUGAAAACACUUUCCACACAAUUGUUCAAUAACAAGAUUUAGGGAUUGGAAGACAAAAAAAAAGACCAUGUCAAAACUUCAGAGAGUUUGUUAUAUAUGUGGUAAGCAAUUUGGAUUGCAUUCAAUUGCUGUUCAUGAACCUCAGUGCCUGAAGAAAUGGCAGAUUGAAAAUGGAAAAUUACCAAAGCACCUACAAAGACCAGAACCCAAAAGAAAAGAGACAGUUAACGCAGAUGGUACACUUGACAUUAAUGCCGCAAAUGCAGCAGCAUUCGAAAGUGCAAAUGCUCAGCUUAUUCCCUGUGAAAACUGUGGGCGAACAUUCCAGCCUGAUCGACUUCCUGUACACCAGAAAAGCUGUAAACCAAAAGAUGGAGGCGCAGCAUUCAACACACGUCAGCCAAGUACAAGUUACAAAUCUCCACCAAUAAGUAGACGUCCACGAACAGUUGUCUGCUACCUUUGUGGACGGGAAUAUGGAACUACUUCGAUAAGUAUCCAUGAACCCCAGUGUUUAAUAAAAUGGCACCUUGAAAAUGACAACCUACCCAGGCAUCUCCGGAGACCUGAACCCAAAAAACCUGAGGUUCUGCCAAUCAAGGGUACAGGUACCUAUGACGUUGAUGCUUUAAAUGAGGCAGCUUGGAAAAGUUCUCAAGACCAACUGGUGCCCUGUAAUAUCUGCGGCCGUACAUUCCUCCCAGACAGAUUGAUUGUCCACCAGCGUUCAUGUAGACCAAAGUAACCAAGCUGCCAAAUAAAGACAAACAACCAAGG